GUAAAGCUUGUACCUCGGGACCAAGUCUCAAAUCAAUAUUCUACGAAGGGGGUCGCGGGGAUGCCGCAUCUCACGCCCGCCCUGUUCCACCCCUUCACCCCUCCCACCGCCUUCUUAUCGCGCGUGCACCCGGGGCGGCACUCACUGACUGACCUGACCUGCCGGCGGGGGCUUCCAUUCAAGGACCGACGGAGGUCAAGUCAAGUCAAGUCAAGUUCCAGCCAGCCCAGGGACCAGCAUUCUCGCUCCCAUCCAUAAAAGCCAAAAUUAAUAAAAAAAAGACACAAACACAGAAACAGACUGCGACCUACUUCGUACCAUUCAGACCCUGGAGCAAACCCAAUUCCAGCAAAAAAAAAAAAUACAAUUCUAUCUCAGACAGAAACGAGGAAAACGAGGAGAGGGAGAGUUCCGUCCUAAGAUCCAUACCGUCUACACAACAACCCAACAACAACAAUGGCAUCAUCACACUCCACCACCAACUCCAUCACCACCAUCAACACCAUCGGCACCAUCGACAUCUCCAACGGAAUCCCGCUCCAACGCGCCGAAGGUCUAUUAUUAGUUCUCGAGACGCCGAAAGGUGUGUACCUACCCUACCCUACCCUUUCUUUCCUGAUGAUUCGUUCGUUUGGGGUAUUCCUUAUUCAGCGUCGCAAUGGAGGAAAGGUUGGAAACGAUGUACUAAGAUAUAUUUGGAUGGGAAUAGGUCGAGGAGUAUUCGCCAGUCGAAAUAUCCCCGGACGAACCGUCAUCGAAGUCUGUCCCGUCCUCGUCCUCGACCCCAUAGAGAAUGAGAAACACGUCAAGGAAACUGAGUUGUACCAUUACACAUAGUAAGUCCCCCUCCACCUGCACUCCCUCAUUUCCCCUCCAUACCCAGCAAACACCGACACGUGACCAACUUGCUCAUUCAUCCCAAUUAUAUCCAUCCCGUCCAUCCCCUUCCAUUUUCUUACAACUCCAUAAACCUCCAAAAAAACAAGAAUGAACAAGAAAACUAACCAUAUAAACACAGUAACUGGCCCAUCAUGCCCCCCACCCAACCAGGAGCCAUCCCCCGCAAACAAAUCAACGGCCAACGCGCCCCCGUCAUCACCCAAGCCCUCAUCCUCGGGUUAGGAAGCAUGUUCAACCACUCGGUCCCCAAUCAAAACGUCGGCUGGGACCGCGAUCUCGCCAACAAGCUCAUGACUUACACCACCCUGCGGGACAUCAAGGCCGGCGAGGAACUCUGCAUCUCCUACGGUCAACGUCUAACCUUCAAGGAUACCGAGGAGAUGGAAGAGGAAGUCGUCAUACCACAGGGACAACCAGGUUCCGAGGAUUGGACUGAGGUUAUGGAUUACAUAGAUUUCAUUGGUUGAUUCAAAGGGGGAAAAGGAUUGGAUUUUCAUUUUUUAAUUGGGAUUGGGAGCUCUGCAUUGGUGGCGUUUGGGGGCAUUCACCGUUACAAGAACAUUGGAGACAGAGCGCAUUCUCAGAGUAGUGUACAUUGAAAAAAAGAGGUAUCCUGCAGA